AUGGUCCAAAAGCGGUGGCUCUACACGGCGGCUGCCUGCUUGGUGCUUUUUUUUUGGAGGUCGGCCGACUGGAGCGCGCCCAGUCCGACGCUGCGCCUCCGACUGGAGCGGCCCACCGCGGAGCGGCCGACCGAGCCGACCGAGCUGACCGUUCCGCCGGAGGUGAAGGUGAAUGAGGCCUUCGAGCAGAUCCGCCUUGCUCGUGUGCCACCCGCGGAGGAGCUGCUGACGCCGCCCUUCGCCGCGCUUCCCGCGGCGCGCGCGCCGGCGGAGAACAACGGGCGGACGCUGGUGAUCGUCGCAUUCGAGCGAAGCCCCAGGAGUACGAAGAAUGUGGAGUUUUUGUUGCAGCAGGUGGUCGGUGGGCCGAGAGCGCAGGAGAUGGAUUUUAUCUUUGUGGACACGUCCAGAGAGGGCCCCUUCCGUUGUUUUCCCGACUUGCCGAAUGUGCACUACGUGCACCGACCACGCGUGGGAUUGGACAUCUGCUCCUACAAGACAGGUUUGGCCAUCGUUCCUCCUGGGCUUUACAAGUAUGUGGUGCUCAUGAACGGCUCCGUCCGCGGGCCCUUCAGCCACUCAAGCGAUUUUCUCAAGCCCUUCAAGGAUCAGCUGAACGCGCGUACACCGGUGGUGGGCACCUCGGUGAACUGCGGGCCGCGGUUGCAUGUGCAAUCCAUGUUCUUCAUGCUGAACUCCGUCGGAACCGAGCUGAUGAACGCCACUCUGAGCUGCGAUAUCCCACACCAUGGCGCAGCGAUGCGCGGACCGCACGGGGAGCUCAACAUGUCCAGCAACGCCACUGGGUGGCGAGAAGGGGUGUUGCAGGCAGGCUACAACUUGGGGGCCACCCAGUUGAUGUGGCGACACCAGGACGUGACCAACAACACGGUGGUGAGGUGGGGGAGUCCGCCCGGUUCGCUUCGCGACCGACCCAGUAGCUUCGGUAGACCGAGCCAGUAG